CUUCAGUGACCGGAGAACCGAAACGGUUCAUCAGAAUCACAGUCGAAAAAUGACUGGAAAUGGCCGAAGAAGUGCACGAAGCAGAAUCAAAUCCUCCACUGAUGGAGACGAAGGAGAGCCUGUCCGUCCCAGAAGGACUAACGUUAAAAACCGUAGAGAUCACAGUCCACUUCGCCUUUUCAGCUUUGAUGUCAGAAUCAUGCUAGGCUUAAGCAUUUUCUCUUUCUUAACAAUUUCGUUUCUGAUUUAUCGUCUCGUUAAUUCUAUACAAGAAGCCGAUACACCUCGUGUUGUUACGCCUUUUCCUGCUCCCAAACUCAUGGACCUUCAUAUGUUUCAAGGCGAGCAUAAAGAGAGCUUGUACUGGGGAACUUAUCGCCCUCACGUUUAUCUUGGAAUUCGUGCCAGGACUCCGCGAUCUUUGGUUGCUGGCUUGAUGUGGAUUGGUGUAAAGGAUGGAAGAUAUCAUAUGCGCCAUGUGUGUCAAGACUCUGAUGAGCUGAGCAAGUAUGGGUGGACUCAUCAUAAUGGUCGUGAUUUUGGACAUCAGGUUUUGGUUGACCAUGGCAUGACCUUGGAAACAAGUUUUUUGAAAUCCAAGGGAGAUGGCUGUGGCUAUGGAGGAGAUUGGGCAGUUCGAAUUGGUGUGCAAAUUGAGGAAUCUGAACGGAAUAAUGACAUGCUGAGCAGUGGACAUCUAUUUUUCUAUUUGGCUGAUGAAGAAGGAAAUGCUCUAACUUUGAGUAGGGAUAACGUAGAUAUUCAUGAGAGUUCUCUCCUGGUAACAGGUUCACGAAUGGAUGUCGGGGCUUGGCAGCUACACUUAAAAGCAAUGGAUGAUUUGGAAGUCCAUUAUUCUGGUUUCAGGAGUCCUCAUAUUCAUAACUUAUCUGAACUUGUUCUAGAGAAUCUUGGAGCCCAAGCAAGAAUGUUUGGUCGUCUGCAGUUGAGUGACACAUCAGUUCAUUCUCCAAACAUUUUAGUUUUUCAGAUUUCUGCCAGGAUUCCAUUCAAAGCAGAUAUUGCUUUUAUAUCUGGAACUGGUGUAAAGAACUCAAGGGUAGAAGAACGUGUAAGCAGCCUUACAGGCACCUCACUGACUAGUCUACUCAAAGAGAAGCAACAUGAUUUUGAUGCCAAAUUCGAGAGGUGCUUUAACCUGGCAGAAAAGCUUGAUUCUGAAUCCAUAAUUGUUGGAAAGGCUGCUAUAGGGAAUAUGUUGGGUGGCAUUGGCUACUUCUAUGGCCAAUCAAAAAUUUCAUUACCCAAAAGUUCUAAACUUAAAAGUCAUGAUAAUUUCAUUUUAUAUUGGCCUGCCGAGCUUUAUACUGCUGUCCCAAGUCGACCCUUCUUUCCAAGGGGUUUUCUUUGGGAUGAAGGUUUUCAUCAAUUAUUGAUCUGGCGUUGGGAUGUCCAUAUAUGCUUAGAUAUUAUUGGACACUGGUUAGAUUUGAUGAACAUUGAUGGAUGGAUUCCCCGGGAGCAGAUUUUGGGUGCUGAAGCUCUAAGUAAGGUACCUGAGGAAUUUGUUCUUCAGCAUCCAACUAACGGAAAUCCACCGACUUUAUUUAUGGUUAUACGAGAACUAGUUUAUGGCUUGAAGAAAAACAAAUUUACUGCUACAGAAAGCAAUGAUAUCUCUUCCUUUUUAGAGCGAGCUCUUAUACGCCUUGAAAGAUGGUUCCAUUGGUUCAACACUACUCAGUCAGGAAAGGAAAUGAGCAGCUAUUUUUGGCAUGGAAGAGAUAGCACAACAAUACGUGAACUAAAUCCAAAGACUCUAUCCUCUGGGCUGGAUGAUUAUCCUCGUUCUUCACAUCCUACUGAAGAAGAACGUCACUUGGACCUUAGAUGCUGGAUGCUCCUUGCUGCAGAUUCCCUGCAUUCCAUUGCUGACUUGUUUGCGAAGGAAAGCAAACGAAAAAAGGAAUAUGGUUCAACAGCUAAGCUGCUUUCAGAUUUUGAAAUUCUGAAUCAGAUGCAUUUUGAUCCAGCUUACGGAGCUUAUUUUGAUUAUGGAAAUCAUACAGAAAAGGUUCGUUUAAGUUGGAAAGAAACAAAGGUGGGAAAUAACCAUCCAACUCGUGAGCUUGUAAGGGAAGUACUAGAAAAGCCAGAGCUGAGAUUUGUUCCUCAUAUUGGUUAUGUCAGCCUUUUUCCAUUCAUGGAGAAGAUUAUUCCACCUGAAUCAUGGAUUCUGGAAAAACAGCUUGACCUCAUUUCAAAUAAGAGUAUCUUAUGGACUGAUUAUGGACUCCGCUCGCUUGCCAAAACAAGCUCCAUGUACAUGAAACGCAACACAGAGCAUGACCCACCUUAUUGGAGAGGUCCAAUUUGGAUGAACAUGAAUUACAGGAUUCUUUCUGCACUCCACCAUUACACACAAGUGAAUGGACCGUAUAGAGACAGAGCGAAAGCAAUAUAUGAUGAAUUAAGGAGCAAUCUGAUCAGAAAUGUGGUUAGCAACUACCACCAGACUGGGUUUCUAUGGGAACAAUAUGAUCAGAAAAAGGGUAAAGGAAAAGGUGCUCGUGUAUUCACUGGCUGGACAUCACUUGUGCUAUUAAUGAUGGCUGAAGGUUAUAGUGAGAGUUAAAUCCGUUAAUAUGAAGUUUUUGCCAACAGAAAAGGGAAACAAGAACAAGUUUUGUACCAAGAGUAACUCUCUACGAUUAUUUCAUGGGGUAGUAAUUUUAUAUUAGCGCUGGUACCCAGUAUCAGCACAUCUGUAUACAUUGAAGAAACAAAAAACUCUUAUAGAAGAUAAUUAAAAUUUAAAA